GACAUGAAUUUUAGGUGCACACGACAUAGCCUCAGAUCUGCUUAUUGUUUACUUAAGACCAAUUCAGCAAGGAAGUUCUCCUCCACACAAGGAACCUCUGAAGCUCUGUUAGAGUGGCUGUUGGAUUCUUGGUCACCUCCCUGGCCAAGGCCUGUCUAGCCUGGUUACUGAGUUUGGCUGGACAGCCAGUUCUAGGAAGAGUCCUGGUGGUUCAAAACUUCUCCCGUUUCCCAACGAUGGAGCCUGUGCUCCCAGGAACAUUCAAAGCUUUAGAAAUGGUUUUAUACCUUUGCCCAGAUUUAUGUCUCGAUAGAAUUUGCGGCUACUUUGUCAUGGUGGAUUAUUGUGUGCAGCUUAAUGGCCAAGUAAAUUUAAUCCAUUUUAAAUUAACUCUGUAACACAAUAAUGUGUGCAAAACCUGAAGGUGUCUGAAUACUUUCCAAACCCACUGUAUAUGUUAUGGUCCUUGUAUUAUCUGGAUCUCUGCUGUUUUCAUGGCUUCUGUUUCUGUGGCGUUUACAGGGUUGCUUUCACAUCUGUAGCAGCAGAUCCAUCUAUUGUAAAUCUUGGUCAAGGUUAUCCAGAUAUCCCCCCUCCAUCUUAUGUGAAAGAUGGCCUCAUGCAGGCUGCAAUGGUGGACCAGCUCAACCAGGUCACCCAAGUCUGGUAAAAGCCCUGUCUAUGGUGUACAGUAAGGUGCACAGCCGUCAAAUUGACCCUUUCAAAGAGAUCCUGGUGACGGUGGGAGGCUACGGCUCUUUAUUCAGCAUCUUUCAGGCCCUUGUGGAAGAAGGAGAUGAGGUUAUAAUAAUUGAACCCUUCUUUGACUGCUAUGUUCCCAUGGUUAAGAUGGCAGGAGCCAAACCGGUUUUGAUACCACUACGCCUUAAAUCCAGUAAGAAGGCAGACAUCAGCAGUGCAGACUGGGUUCUGGAUCAGGACGAACUUGCCAGUAAAUUUAAUUCCAAAACGAAAGCCAUCCUUAUUAACACUCCUAAUAACCCCAUCGGGAAGGUGUUCAGUAGGAGUGAGCUGCAGGCUAUCGCAGAUCUCUGCAUCAAGCACGACACAUUGUGCUUCAGCGACGAGGUGUACGAAUGGCUCAUAUACAAGGGGCACGAGCAUGUGAAGAUAGCGACACUUCCUGGCAUGUGGGACCGUACCAUUACUGUCGGCAGCGCAGGAAAGACAUUCAGUGUGACGGGUUGGAAGCUGGGUUGGUCAAUAGGGCCUGAGCACUUGAUCAAACAUCUCCAAACUGUCAUGCAGAACACACUGUACACCUGUCCAACACCAUUACAGGAGGCAGUUGCGCGUGGACUCAGGCUUGACUGUGAGCGAAUGGGGAAGCCUGACUGCUAUUUCUCCACCCUAGCUGAAGAGUUGGAGGGAAAGAGAGACCGCAUGGCGGACAUUUUGAAGCAGGCGGGGAUGUGUCCUGUAGUGCCUGAAGGAGGCUACUUUAUGCUGGCUGAUGUCACAGCUCUCAAUCAGGAUCUUUCAGAUGUGGAAGGUGACGAGGCGUAUGACUACAAGUUUAUCCAGUGGAUGAUAAAGGAGAAGAAAUUGGCAGCCAUUCCUGUAACAGCGUUCUGUGGAGAUGAAUCCAAAAAGCAGUUUGAGAAAUACAUCCGGCUGUGUUUCAUUAAGCGAGACAGUACGCUGGAUGCUGCUGAGGUCAUUCUGAAAAACUGGCACAAAGCCUGACCCCGGAUGCUUACAGCAACACUGCAUUAGCCUUCAUCACUCAGUGCUGUUGGGGAGAUCCACAUUUCCCUCUGAAGAACUUGUGCAAUGUGUAAUCGCAGUGUUUUUAGCCCUAAGCAGUGACUGAGAGGCAGCGCAGCUCCCACUGUGGACAAUUAUAGACAGCUACAAACAGACCUUUUGUUAUGGCGACUGCAUCAGAAGCUAUCAGUUGGAAGACAUGUUACUGUUGCUAUAUGAUUUAGAAUCUGUUAUGAGAUGAUGGAUAGAAGGCAGAAAAUAAUACUAGGCAAUGAUACAACAGUUUUAAACUCUUUACCUAAUUGAGCAUAUUUAGUAGUAUUUGCAUGAAAUGUAUUAUUAGAUCAGUUAUGAUUGUCUGUGGCCUCUCAGCCCUUGUUUAUUGUCAAAAACAGUUGUUGUAUGAGGGCUGGGCCCCUGAGACUCUGGUACUGACAUAUUAUUGUAGUGGAUUCUUUAAAUGUAGGAUCUUAUAUUUACAGAGUAUAGUCCCAAUUUUCUGGACAUUUUCUGUGGAAUACCAUUUAUUUUAAAUGUUUGUUUGAUUUGAGAACUGAAUACAGUCUGAUCUAAUUAAAAGGCUUCCCGCUG